AUGGGCGCGACGGUUGUUGUUGCUGGUCCUCUCUAUGUUGCCCUUAUAUUCUUCUUGUAUAUCGCUUUUUAUUACCUUCUAAGUGGAGAUGGUUAUCGUUUCGAUAUUGGUUGGGUCCUUGAGGGGAUCUCGCCCUACCUAUGGGCCUGUGUCGGUGUUGGCCUCGCAAUCUCACUUUCAGUGGUCGGUGCCGCUUGGGGUAUCUAUGUGACCGGGUCAAGUAUCAUCGGCGCUGGUGUGAAAGCUCCGCGCAUUAGAACCAAAAACCUAAUCAGCAUCAUAUUUUGUGAAGCUGUCGCGAUUUACGGAAUUAUCAUGGCUAUCGUAAUCGGCAAUCAAAUUGAGCCUUUCGAUCCCGCAGUGGUGAGUGAAGCAGUGGUAAGAGCGAACUACCUAGCUGGCUAUGCAAUGUUCGGUGGAGGGCUGACCGUAGGUUUGUGCAACCUCUUCUGUGGCGUCUGUGUAGGCGUGGUGGGCUCAGGUGCUGCGUUAGCUGACGCCGCCAAUCCUUCGCUUUUCGUCAAGAUACUCAUCAUCGAGAUCUUUGCUUCGGCCAUUGGCCUGUUCGGCGUUAUCGUCUCCAUCCUUCAGGUAUGUGUUUCUUAUACUUUGGUUCCUAAUGCAUUUCCAUUUAGCUAUGGAUCUGCCGUGUUCAAGUACCAAUGA